CACUGCCCCAACGAUCUGCAAGCCUGAACCCGACAUACAUACGAUCCCGCUUUCAGUCCCCAUUUCAUCAUCCACGACAUCCAUCACCAUUCAGGGCGGCGGAGAGAACCCAAUGUUCUGGCGGUUUGGCUUCCACAAUGCGUCGGCUAUAGACGGAUUGUUGGACAAGGAAGGGCUGACGUUAGACGAGCUGUUGGAGGAGGAGGAGACGUUACAAGAAUGCAAGGCUCACAAUACAAAGCUGGUUGAGUUCCUGUGCAAGCCAGAGGUGCUCAAGCAGCUUCUGGGUUUCAUAAUGAACUCCGACGACCUCGAGGAGGCUAAGCGCUUCAAAUACCCUUACCUGGCGUGUGAAAUCCUCAGCUGCGAAAUCUUUUCAAUAUGUGAAGGGAUUGUAUCCAACGAAGAGCUUAUGAAUGAUUUCUGGACGCUCCUGGACCGCCCUGCUCCAUUGAAUCCCUUGACGGCGAGCUACUUCAGCAAAGUCAAUGGUGUCCUUUUGUCGAAGAAAAUGCCGGAGAUGAUAACCUUCAUUCGCAAACAACCGAAUGUCGUACAGCGAUUACUCUCCCAUGUUGGCAGUUCCGCGAUAUCAGAUCUUCUGCUGAAGUUAAUAAGCAUGGAGGAAUUGCCAGAAGGAAGCGGGACUGUUGAGUGGCUCAGUAAGGAGGGCCUGAUUCCAUCGCUACUAAAUCGGAUGGACCCGAAGUUGGAUUCGGAGGUGCAUAACACGGCUGCACAAACGCUGCUCGAUGUGAUUGCCGUCAGCUAUCAGACCAUCGGCCCGCAAGAGAUCCUCCCAACGGGCUUGGGAGGAUCCGUCCUCGGGGAGCAGCCAGCACUCACGACUUCGAUUAGCGGAAACACGUUGGUUGAUGAGUUGAAAAGUGAGGAGAUGAUGAACAAACUUGCAUCAUAUAUGCUAGAUGAGCGGAGCCCCCAAUCCGCCACUACUCUCGUGAAUGGCAUUAACAUCAUAAUCGAGCUCAUUCGACGAUACUGCAGCGAAAUCGAGCAAGCGGAAUACCAGCAACACCAGUAUCAACAACAGCCGGUGACUCAACGAACAGGUCCGCCGCCACCAGCCCCUGAAAAACUAAGAGCACUUGCAACAGACCUCAAUGACCUGCUCCACGUGAUCGGUUCACGUUUGACGCAAUUUUCUCAAUUGUUACACGGGUCCCAUUACUUGGAAGAAAAGGAUGCCCCGGUUGGGAAGGCUCCUACGCUCGGAUCUGAGCGUCUGAAAACCUGCGAGCUUUUCGCCGAGAUCCUGCACUUACAAUAUCUGUACACAUCGAGUCCGCUCUUCGAAAGACUCAUUACCGUGCACCACGGGCACCCCGACAAAUCUGACUCUGACGAAGAUUCGGGCAAGACGGAAUUGACCCCAAAAUCGCCUACGGAACAGUCUGCACCAUCAGCUACCGAGUCGACCCCUCCCGCGAGAAGCGUGGCCAAUGAGCUUGUAUCCCUAACGAACAAGUUCAUUGACGCCAAAAUAUUACCUGUGUGCCUGGAUCUAUUCUUUCGCUUUCCAUGGAACAACUUCUUGCAUUCGGUUGUAUACGAUAUGAUCGCGAAAGUGUUCAACACGUACUCCUACACCAGCACCACCAACCUCCCCAAGGCUCCUACGGCCUUACCUGGCGAUGAUGAAGGUAUCGUCCCACAAGAGGCGAUAAGCCCUGCCCAGAGUGCUGUUGAGGCACAGAUGGGAGCGGUGAAGAUCAUUGUCCGGAGAUUGGUCUUGUCGAUAUUCAAGGAUGGAGAGUUGACAAAACAAAUCACGAGGGCUCAAAGGCAAAACGAUGCGCAAGUGGCAAAGCCGAAAGGAGUGCGUCUCGGAUACAUGGGGCACUUGACCUACAUCGCGGACGAAGUCUGCAAGCUUCUGGACAAGUGCAACGAGGAUCUGAGCAAGGAACUAGGCGAACUUGUUGUCGCCGAAGACUGGCAAAACUACGUGCUCGGAGCCCUGAAAGAAACGAGAGAACGAGACCGACAACCAUUAGGAGGCGUUCGGCCAAAUGGCGGUCCUCAGCAGCAUCAGGUCCCAAUCAUGGGAGGCGUUGGUGGAAGCUUCACGGGAGGGCCCGAUGAAGCGGAUGGCCUGAAGAUUGGAGGGACUGUGAUCAAGCGAGAACCUGAUGAAGAUGAAGAUGAAAUGGAUCCGACCAACGCUGGUGAUGCGUUCAUGGGAGAUGGAGAUGUUUCCAGCGAUCAGUUUGCAAGGUUUCUUUGCCAUCAGAUCGUUGCAGAUCUACCUGAUCGGUUCAUUGGAGUUGACAACUCGGAUGACGAAGACGACGGCGAAGACGGCGGAUCAGGAUGGCUGGGGUAAGAGUUUGGCAAAGGUAGACGGUUCGACUCCCAUAGUAACCUGACUCUGGGCGGGCAUGAUCAGAACGUUUGAGAGCAAGGA